AUGUUAGCAGUAUGUGUUCUAUCUUUUAUUAUUCUAUUAAUACAUCUUAUUUCCACUGUAAACGCUGUCCAGUUAAUUCGUACAUCUUUUGCAUCAAUUAUUACAAAUCUAACAACCGUGCAACCAUCAUCGGACGCUAAUUGUACUAACUGUAUAUGCCAAUGUUUGGAAUAUCCAGAUUUGUGCUAUGGCAUUAAUUGUUUCCCAUCGAAUCAAUCAUGCCAAUUGAUCUAUGAACAAUCAACAGUUUUAACGGUUAGUUAUUCAUCAGCAAAUUUCGUUUAUAAAAUUACUGAUUCAAGAUCAACGGACAUUACAAAAUUGCUAACAGCAACACAAGAAAGUGUAUUAAUUCCAUUAAACCAAUUCGGUACCGCACUGCCAACAAAUGAUACAUCAAAUUCAACGAUACGAUUGGAAUGUUUAUUCUACUCAAAUUAUGACAUUCCUGGCAAUGAUAUCGGAUCUUCUGUACCAAACGUCACACUGGAUGAAUGUUGUCAGCAAUGCUUGGACAUGGAUAACUACUGCAAAGCAUUCGCAUGGGGACCACAAGACAAUGAACCGACUUGCUUUUUAAAAUAUGCAUAUGGGACCAAUGUUGUUUCUAGUACGAUUCGUACAAUGGGAAUACUAACGAGUGUCACUGAAACAACCAUUAGUCCGUCAUGA